UGCUGAGCAGAUCCCACACUCAUGGUCAACAUGAGCUGUAAAGCCUCUGAAACAUAAAAAAAAAAAUCUUCUUAACUAGUCCAGGGGGACCACUGAGAGCUGGAGGAGAGAAAACUGUUUUGGGGGGUCCCUGCGCACGUGGGUGCGUGUGUUCAAUCUAGCCCCUGUGUGGUCCAGCUGAGGCCAUGGCUUCGUCUCUGGACGGCGGCUGGUCCUGGGUCAUCGUGCUGGCCUCCUUCAUGGCCCAGCUGCUGGCGUUUGGCUCGCCCCAGUCGGUGGGAGUCCUGUACCCGGAGUGGCUCAACGCCUUCCAUGAGGGCAAGGGCACCACCGCGUGGGUGGGCUCCCUGGUGUCAGGAGUGGCACUCAUUGCAAGUCCGCUGUGCAGUGCGUGUGUGGAUAAUUUUGGUGCUCGGCCGGUCACUAUCUUCAGUGGAGUGAUGGUGGCGGGGGGGCUGAUGCUCAGCGCCUUCGCUCCUAACGUCUCCUUCCUCAUCUUCUCCUACGGCAUCGUCGUCGGAAUGGGCUGUGGUCUUGUCUAUGCAGCUACUCUGACCAUCACCUGUCAGUAUUUUGACAAGAGGCGUGGCCUCGCACUGGGCAUUGUUACCACAGGGACCAGCGCCGGGGGCUUUCUGUACGCCACAGCGCAGAACGAGCUGAUUGAGCUGUUCGGAUUGGACGGCUGCCUGCUGAUUGUCGGCGCUCUGGCUCUGAACCUGAUGGCAUGCGCCGGCCCCAUGCGCCCCUUAAACCUUCCUGGUUAUUACCUCAAACAGAAGGCCGCUCUGGAGCACAAGGACGGACCACUCUACGAGAAGCCCAUCGUCAUCAUUGACUCCAGUGCCACGGAAAGCUCCGCCCACAAGUCACCAGUAAAGGAGCUCCUGAUUUCAAUGGAGACUGGCGAACCGGGGGCAGAGCCUGUGUGUACUCAAGUGGUACGGGUCAUCAAAAGGCGCCUCCGGCCGCAGGUGGAAUACCUUCACACGAUGGGGGAAUAUUUCCAGGACCGCACCUUCACGGCCUUCUGCAUCUCCUUAUUCCUCUUCAGCCUGGGAGCUUUCCCACCUGUACUGUUCAUGGAGGACGUGGCCCAGAGCGAGGGCCUCAUUGAGCAUGUGGCCAUCAUUCCACUUGUUUCCAUAGUUGCCAUGGCAACCGGAGUGGGCAAGUUGAUUCUCGGAGCCCUGGUGGACAUGAGGUGGGUGAGCGGCCUGCUCCUCUAUGCCCUGACGGUAGUGGGCACUGGUGUGGCGCUGCUGCUGGUGCCAGGGUGGAAGAGCUACCUGGGACUGCAGGUGCUUUCUGCUGCUCUCGGCUUUUUCUCGGGCAACUGGUCGCUCACGUCCUACAUCACCACUCGCAUCGUAGGCAUCGAGCGCCUCAGCCAGGCUCAUGGUGUCCUCAUGUGCUUCGGGGGCUUUGGGAUCAUGUUGGGACCUCCUGUCGUAGGCUGGUUCUACGACUGGACCCAGUCAUACGACCUGGCGUUCUACUUCAGUGGGUGCUGUGUGGUGCUGGGAGGCCUGAUUCUGUUUCUGGCUGCCCUGCCCUGCUGGGACCAGAGGGAGAAAGCGAGGAAUGUUCCUGAGAUUGAUCCAGAUAAACAAAACCCAUCUGACUGUGAUAAAGUGGCUUCUGUGGCCUGAAGUGCAGGAUCAGCCAAGUACACACUUCAGACUUAGCCUAAUUAUAGUCAGUCCAACCAUGCUUGGUGCAGGGCUCCCGAGUGGGGUGACUGUCUAAGCGCUUGGUCUGUCUAGGUAUCACUGGGAGAUCAUCGGUCAGUCUUUAGUGAUGCCACAGCCCUCCGUGACUGGGAAUCGCAGAGAGCAUAACUGGACUCACAGCUUUCAGAUUCUAGUACUGCUUUUGGAUUUGUCUGUAUUUCUAUUACAUUUAUUAGCUUUAUCUCCAGUUUAGCUCCAGUGUAAAACUAAACACACAGCCUAUGUAUUUUCAAACAGCUGUGUGAUUUUUUUUUUUUUUUUUUUUUUGGCUAAACCACAAAAGUUUAGAGUAGCACUGGAGCCUGCCCUCUAGCCCUGACCCUUUCCUUAUUGCAAUGCCUUACUGCAGCCAAAUAGUUCAGUAUAUAUUGCAGUAUACUGUAAUGCUUUAAUUUAUCUUCUUUCUUUCUUUAUUUCUUGCUUUACCAGUAAGCCUGGCUAGCUCUAGCUAGACAACUCUUUUUCAGUGCCAGAUUUGACCAGAGAAACACACAAAAAGACUGAUUUUUCACUGAUUUUGAAUGCAAUUUGUAUGUGUUUGUAUAGUUUCUAGAGAUGUUUUAAUUUUAGUAUGUAUCUAUUUUAUGUAUCUCGUACCUGUAAACUAAUAAUUACUGCCUCAUUUAUGGAGGCCCAUCAGCAGUGGCAACAGUGUACUAGUAGUCAGUUAGCAGACAGUGGGUUUUCAACAUUUGAGGAGCCUUUGUUCAGUCUUGCCAGACACAACGUGGAGUCCAAGCACUGUAGCCUGGAAGACGUCUGGAAUCAAGACUUGUGACACAAGCAAUGUGACACAGUAAAGACAAUCCGGGAAUUUAACGCCGCAAUGAGACGUUAACAAGAAAAGGCCUUAGACUGUUCAGAUGAGCAGUGGAACGCCCAGUGUUCACUGCUGGGCUGUCUCGCUCCACCACCUGCGCCAAAUUCCAUCUCCAAAGAUUUAAGGUGGUGGGAAUCAUCCAGGGAAUGUUGACAGAGACUGGAAUCAUGUAGGGAAUCCGUUUUAGGGCAUUUUCACAUUUAUAUUUGGUUUGCUCUGGCCUGUGUCAGUUAACAUUUACCCCUUGGUUUGGUUUGUUACCACAAAGAAGAUAAAAAAGAUGCAAGUGCACAAAAAAACACACGUCACAACAAACCAUGAUAUGUGAUACGUGAUACCUCUCCUUUUUUAUUUUUACUGGUGGGACCUGUCUGGAGCAAAGAAAGAAAAUAAAUACAAGAAGAAGGUCCUGUGUUCUGGACUAGUGUAUACCGUAUUUUUACCCUACAAAUAAACGUCUAUUUUCUGGUCUAACAAUCCUAAAAAAAGUUAGACAAGUCAAACAAGCAUUGGAUGUUAAUCUACAAAGAAUUCUCUUCUUAAAACUGUUUAUUUGGGUGGGUAAAGCGCUUCCAUUUAUUUACAGUAAACUUAGAUUUACUUAGAGUGGCUAACUGCUAUCAGGGAAUGCUAAUGUUGCUCCAGCAGUGCUAGCUGGGGUUAACAGCAAGCUACAGACAGAUAAUACUCACCUCUGAAUGGCUAAAGAGCUUGUGCUUAGCGCCAUUAGCGGCUAAAGCUAAUACUGCUGGAGAACUUUACUGAAACUCCUGUAUAACGCUGCACUUCAGUGGAGUGGCUUUACUGUUCCUUACAACCUGACUGGUAAAAUUCACACAUAAAGUGUGCCUUAUAGUGUAAAAACAUAUUAUCUCAGACCUGCAGAGUUCUCAGCACAAACAAACCGGACAUUUAGUUAAUUCAACCAAGUAUUGGAUCACCUUAAGUGUCUCAGUGUGUUUAGUCUACAGAGUUUGAUCUACAUCCAAGUGCAAUUACCGUAUUUACACCCGCCCAAAGAAACCAGUUUGUGAAAAUUUCUAAUUGAACCAGAGAACAUGAAAAAAAUCAGUUGCGAAAAUGCCCUUAAAGGCCCAGUCAAGAGCUCUUAGCUCUUUCAUAACCAGAGAAUCAGAAAAUCUGCUACCUGUUGACUGGUUCCUCACGGCGUUGAAAAGUCCGACACAGUUUUUUCUCCCAGUCCAAGACAUACUUGAUGUGCUCAGUUAGAAUAUUUUAUUUUUUGGCCUCGUCACAACAGUCGACAGACCAAACAUGUCUUGCUCGCGUUUGACUUAAGAGGAAAACUUGAUGUGUGAUUUUGACUUUUCACAACUCUUCUAUCUGCUCUUCAAGCACACAGAUCUUACAUUAUCAUCCAUUAUGUCCUUCUCCUCGUGAUUCCUCCUACUUUUAUUCCUUCAGUGUUAAACCAAAGUUGCUGGUGGACUGAACUGUUCCUAUGCCACAGUCCACCACUCAUGCAUUAUGCCUGACCAGCAAACAGCCUUACUGUAAAAACAAACUCAGCAAGGUGCUUCAAAGGGAUGUUUCAGUGAUGCCUUAGAAGGAUUGUCCAUAUCCAUAUCUGUAUUUUGUAUAGAGCUUGAGCCUUAACGUAUGUGUACGGUAUAGUGUGUAUUCUCUGUGCAACUGCAUGCACCAAACUGUGACCCCACAUCGUAUACCAUACCAUAAUGUCCACCUAUAAGAAACAUGUUUUUUGUGUCAUCGCUCAAAUGACCACUUGAAGCACCUUUAUUUUUAUCUUUAUUAAGUAAAGGAAGAGCCGCAGCAUGUUUGUUACUACUGUACUUUACCAGGUGAACAACCACACAAAUAAAACUGAGGAUUAGCAAUUCAGUCACAGAU